UCUCUCUCCCCCUCACCUGCUCCCCCUCUGUCUCUCUUAAUGUCCUGGACCACGAUCUCACUUUUCCUCCUCCCUCAUGCCUCUCUCGCCUCUAUCUUUUCUUCUGCUGCAAGCCAAAUCGAGAGAGGGGAGAAACCCCGUGGCCGCCCCGCAGAAUUCCCGUCGGUGCCAUCACCUCCGUCCACCCCAAGCCGCGUCGCCGCCGCCGUUCGACGCGCCUCACCGUCGCGUAGCUACUGGAGCAAGAAAAUCGAGCCGGGGUUGGCUCAACACGCCGCCAUCGUCACCGUUAACCCUCAGCACCGGCCCGUCAAUCCUUCGAUUCCGACCGUCGUGGCCCUCCUACGUCGCUGGCGACCACACCACCACCUUCCUGGUCGCCGUCGCUAGCACGGCUUGGUGCUCCCCUGGUCCAGGCGUCGCUCUCCCUCCACUCCCCGUAACGACGCGCAUCCGCCGCGCCCCUUUUCCUCUUCCGGGGGUGCUCCCCUUCGACGAGGCUGUCCUUGUCUGCCACGGUUGGCCGCGCGUAGGCCACGACAUCGCCGCGUCCGUCUUCCUCCAGGCGACCGUCCUCCUCCCCGAGCCCGCCCGCUACACCGUUGAACUCCCUGGUUUCGUCAGAAGACAGGCAGCAGCAGCAGCGCAGCAGAUGGUUGCCACAUCAGUGGCCACGCUGGCGCCACGUCGUCCCGCAUGCCCCAUCCGUCAGCCGCACGGGCUAAGCAAACCCUGCAUUUACUUCUUCCCGGAUAAGAUCACGAAGUGGUGUUGUGAGAUACGACGAGUUCUCUGACAAGUUCUUCUGCAGCUUUUCACAGGCGAGCCCUCUCUCUUCACCUAUUUUACUCUCUCCCUCGCACUGCUAUCCUUAUGUUGCGAUUCUUAAUCGAGUCACGUGUCCUCUUCCACUUGUUUACCCUAAUAAUCCUAUAUGCACCAUUCCUUACCCAUAGUCGUUGCUUGAUGUUUGAGCCUUGCGAGUCGUAGGCGUGUUUAGGCUCUGUUGUUUAUCUCGAUCUGUUAUCGGGAUAUGUUGGGUUGUUGGGAGGUUAUCACAUGCUAUAUCAGUUGUUGGAGAUACACAUGCUUUACUUAUUUGUUAACAACUAAAAUUGUAAGAAGAGGCAUCUGUGAGCCCCUUUGCGAAAGCAUCGGAACUUUGACUUGCUAAUGUCCCCUAGGACCCGAGUUCUUGUUAUCUGUUCCGAGAUUGAGCGCUCUACCCAUGCGUGGGGACGAUUAUCGGGACCCCCCCUCACCCAUUACCUUUUCUCAAGUCAGUUGAAAAGGGGGCCACAACCUUGGUUUUAUUUGGCGCAUGCAUGUUUAUAUACUGUUGCCUUCGGGUGUUUACUUCCUGUUGCCUUCGGGUGUUUAUAUUCGGUACUGUACCCCGCGGGACGUUUAGCGAAGCGUGUGGUUUGCACGCCUAGCCGCCGACGCAAACCCUGAGUCCGUCUCGGAGUACGGCCGAACUUCAUCACGGGUAGCUUAGUCGGGUGGCCCCCCUAGACUUUCUUGUUGAACUGGGAACGGUCUUGUUGUGAGACAUCCACCUGUCGUAAGUGGGUCGAGCAUGCGUAUGGUUACAUUUGGGCAACCCCUGCAGGGAGUACAUCUUAUCGAUAAGCCGUGUCCGCGGUUAUGGACGACUUGGAAUUGUAUAGCUUGAUCAUAGAACAACUUACACCGUUAUCUUGUUGCUAAUAAUCUGCUAAUAACUUGCGUAGUAAUACAGCAUUACUACAACCGAUACCUAAUAAAACUUGUCCACCGUUGAGUGCCUUUUAGAUUGCCUCUUCGCAAUUGUUGGAGGGGAUAUGUGUAAUCGGCUGGGUUAUGAUUGUGUAGUAUUUAUCUGUUAUCUUAUGCACUCUCUUACCUUCUCUGAUUAGACGGAUGUUGUAGCGUGUCUCUAUUGGUUAUAGUUUUGCUGCCGCUAAACCUACCAUAUAGCCCCAGGCGAUAUUAUAUAUACUCUCCCGGCGAGCAUAGCCAUUUCUAGUCUCGCUAAGUACGUGCCGGAGUUCGUUCCUUGGUACUUACUCUCGCCUUUUCUCUUUCUCUUUUGCUUCCUCCCUUUUGUCGGCAACCGAUGGCCCGGCUUUGACAGGUACGAGAUGAUGACGUUAGCAAGGUUACCCUUCCGGCUUGGCCUGGGCAGGGUUAUGGACGCCAUCGUUUAUCUUCAGGACUCUUAGUCCAAUUUGUAUCUUGUCCGUACUCGGACGUAUUUGAUCUUCUGUAUGACUCAGAUCUUUGUAUUGUAUAUUUGUAUCUUGGCUCGUUGGAGUCGUUGUUGUAAUAUAUGUAUCUUGUGGGCUCUAUUGUAAUCCUGUUGUAAAGUUACCGCUCGUGUUAAUUCAUCUGGCAUCACGUGUGUGAUUCGUCACGCACGUCGUGUCGGAGGGCGUCUCUGAAUCGAUAUCGUGCGGAUUUCGGCGGGAUCGCUGGAAUCCUCAGGAUACCGGUUCCGGGGCGUCACAACAUCAAUGCUUUGUCUAAGGAUAUUUGUGUUGAUUACA